GUUUCACUUACUUAUUUGCUCGAUCGUAGCCACUGUCGAGUUUUGUAGUUUCGACAAUCCGCUACCUUUCAUCUGACUUUUUCGACAAUUGGUUUUAAGUAAAAUUCAUUGUUCAUUUCAGAGAAUUUAUAUUAAAGUGAAGGUGUUGAUGCAAAGAGUAAUACAGGAAAGAGAAUAGAAAUACCAAAACAAUGUUGAGCCUUUGCCGUCAAGCAUUAAUAGCUAACAGUCAAAAAGUUGGUACCAGAUGUUUAGGCUCCAUAGUACCAGUAUCAAACCCCCCUGAAUUUCCUUUGGAAAAUGAACCUGUUUACAGUUACAAGAAAGGUAGCCCAGAGAGGGCAGAAUUAGAAAAGGUCUUGAAAGAGAUGUCUAAUGAGUGUGAAGAAGUGCCAUUGGUCAUUGGAAAUGAAGAAAUUAAAACUGACCUAUGUAGAUAUCAAGUUAUGCCACACAAUCAUGAAGCAAAAAUUGCAAAGUACUAUUGGGCAACGCCUGCUUUAAUUAAAAAAGCAAUAGAUGUUGCUGUGAAGGCUCAGCGUGAGUGGGAUAAAUGUCCAAUAGAAAAGCGUUUAGAAAUUUGGUUGAGGGCAGCUGAUCUAAUGGCAAAAAAGUAUAGGCAACAUUUGAAUGUUUCUACAAUGCUUGGUCAGAGUAAAACAGUUAUUCAAGCAGAAAUCGACAGCGCAGCAGAAUUAGUUGACUUCUUUAAGAUGCAUGGAUAUUUUGCUAAAGAGGCCUUAAAAUACCAACCAAUCUCACCUGAUCCUAAAGAGACAUUAAAUUCAAUGAGGUACAGAGGAAUGGAUGGUUUUGUUGCUGCUGUGUCACCAUUUAACUUCACUGCUAUUGGUGGUAAUCUUAGUUAUACGCCAGCUUUAAUGGGUAAUGCAGUUCUUUGGAAACCGUCUGAUACAGCUUUACUUUCUAACUGGUGGAUAUUCAAAAUAUGCAGAGAAGCUGGUGUACCACCAGGUGUAGUUAACUUUGUUCCAUGCGAAGGUCCUGUUUUUGGUGAUACUAUUACUAGUUCACCUUACUUGACCGGAAUUAAUUUUACUGGAUCAGUUCCAACGUUUAAUCGUUUGUGGAUGCAAGUUGGUCAAAAUUUGGGAAAAUAUAAGAAUUAUCCCAAGUUGAUAGGCGAAUGUGGUGGAAAAAAUUAUCAUUUUAUACAUCCGAGCGCUGAUGUAGAAUCAGUUAUCAAUGGAACUAUCAAAAGCGCCUUCGAGUUUAAUGGUCAAAAAUGUUCAGCCUGCAGUAGAAUGUAUGUUCCAGAAUCAUUGUGGUUUAAGAUAAAAGAAGGUCUUUUAUCGAUUCGUGACAAACUGAAGAUUGGUGACGUUAGAGAUUUUACUGUGUUCACUGGAGCAGUCAUAGAUGAAGUUGCAUUUAAGAGAAUUUCUGGUUACAUAGAACAUGCUAAGAAGUCGCCAAAUUUAGAAAUCAUUGGUGGCGGAAAAUAUGAUAAUUCGCAUGGAUACUUCAUUGAUCCAACAAUAGUAGUAACAAAAGAUCCAAAGGAUAAAAUAAUGACGGAAGAAAUAUUCGGUCCGGUAUUAACUAUUUAUGUGUACAAAGAUUCACAGCUUGACGAAACGAUGCAAUUAGUAGAAUCUUCAACACCGUACGCCUUAACCGGAUCAAUAUUUGCACAGGACGAAAAUUGGGCAAGAAGGGCUCUAGAAGAAUUUAAAUACACAGCUGGUAACUUUUAUAUUAAUGACAAAUCGACAGGUUCGAUUGUUGGUCAGCAACCGUUUGGUGGAAGUCGAAUGUCCGGUACAAAUGAUAAAGCUGGCGGUCCUCACUACGUUCUUCGCUGGGCAUCGCCGCAAUCAAUCAAAGAAACCUUUGUUCCUUUACGCGAAUACGAUUACGAAUACAUGAGAUCUUAGGUGUAAGUAUCGUUAACAGUUUGCAGUAAUCGAAUAAUGUAUGUAUUGUACGGUAUCUUCAAGUGCAAACUGACAAACUACUGAUGUUCACGAUCGGUCAGUAAGAAAUAAUGAAAUAUCUUUAUGCAUUUCUUUGCGUGGACUCGUCGGAUUCACAUGUAAGGCGCUAUUUACGAUGUAAGUGAUCCGCGCUUUGUAGAAAUUUAUACUGUAAAGCAUACUGCUUAUACAUGAGGUAACUUAUGAUAAAGAUAGCUGAUCUUGCAAGAGAAAAAACAUUCAAUGAUUGGUAUCGCUUUAUACCAAUUGAACAGUAUUUGUGUUUCAUUGAAUGUAUUUGAUUAGUUUGGUGAUAAAUAGCGUACAAAAGGAGACGAGCAGUUACAGAAACUAAAUAGUAUUUGCGAAGUUACUUUGGGGAUAGUCUCACCAUAAGUUUAUCUUAAUAUAUUUGCUGCCAACAGAUAAAAAAAACUAACGUUUUGCACCAUUCAGCGUUUAGAAACCUAUACUGAUAAGAUCAAUUUUCAGUAUCAUAAUCUUUUAAUAUCUCAGGAAUUACUAUACAUGGUCGCAAACAAAGAGGCAUUUUCUUUUUCGUUUUUUUUUCUUCAGUCGUAUAUUGCAACAAUACACGAAAUUUUAUAAGGAUAAUUAUCCAAGUGCACUAAUGAUCGAGAAAUCUUAACAUCUGCGGUGUGUGUUGAACUUGUGAUGAAUGCGUACUAGCUAGAAAAACCUGUUGUGUUUUUCUGACCUCACUUUUUUAUAUUCUUGUAUAGAUCGUUUACAAUGGCCGAUUGUUACGUUAUAAAUGCGCAAUGUGAAAAAAAGCAUUCAUUUUACUGUGUAAUUUACAAGACAAUAUACAUAGACGCGGGAAUAAGGCACAGUAAAAUGCAGAAGUUACCCUUAAAUUAUGUUGUCACGCCUGAUCGUCGAUCGUUCGGGUAUGUUGUUGUUGAACAGUGUGAUUGAGACAAAGCGUCUUGCAAGUCGAACAGUGAUUAAUAAUUAAAUAUAAAAGUAAUAUGUUAGAUGUUGUGGCUGAUGUUAUAAUGUAAUUUAUUUUAAGUGUACUAUAGCAAUAAAAUACCAUACAAUUAGGUACUUGUAAACACUUCAGUACUAAAA